UCCGUACAGCCCUGUACAGUCAUUGGUACAGCUCUGAGCAGCGCCAGCCGGACUGGACAGAACAUACCGAAGCCAGUUCUCCGUGAAGAGCGAAUCACCUCGGCGCGUUCGUCACAAAUAAAACCACACAGCCAGAAGGCAGCCUAUUCUCCGUCGAUUCAUGGAAUUAUUGUCAGGUGGCGUAGGUUGCAUUUAUUACCAAUUCAGUUCGAUAGUUGUGGCUUCCACCCAUCCUGCCUGAAGGUCACAAGCGGAGCUGCUCAGCACCGACCGCCGCGCCCCUUCAGGACUUCGUCACCCAGGGACUGCAAGGAAGGGACGAGGGGGCAACGAGCUGCAUUAGAGGAGUGAGGGCAGUCUGAGGGCAACAGGAUCUGAAAAGGAAGACUUGGCUGAUAUAGAGGAGGGAGAAGGUAACCCCAGGACUUAAGAGGGGGGAGAAGGGGAGGAGGGGGGUUAGGUGCAGCGCUGGACUGCAGGACUGAAGGACUGGAUGCUAGCCUCCGUAGGCCCCAGCAGGUCCCAGCUCCCACAGAGAUGGCCUCCAACUUCAACGACAUCGUCAAGCAGGGAUACGUCCGCAUGCGCAGCAGGAAACUGGGGAUUUACCGUCGCUGCUGGCUGGUGUUUAAGAAGUCGUCCAGUAAAGGACCACGCAGACUGGAGAAGUACACUGAUGAGAAGUCCGCUUACAUCAGAGUCUGUCCUAAGGUGACCGAGAUCAGCAAUGUGAAGAAUGUCACAAGGCUCCCAAGGGACACCAAGCGCCAGGCAGUAGCCAUCGUCUUUACCGAUGACACCUCGCGCAUGUUCACCUGUGAAUCAGAGCUAGAAGCAGAGGAGUGGUUCAAAACCCUGUCAAUCGAAUGCCUGGGGACCCGCCUCAAUGACAUCAGUCUAGGAGAGCCAGACUUGCUGGCAGCAGGUGUUCAGUGUGAACAUACAGAGCGUUUCAAUGUGUUCCUACUGCCCUGUCCUAACCUGGACAUCUAUGGGGAGUGUAUGAUGCAGAUCACCCAUGAGAAUAUCUACCUGUGGGACAUCCACAACCCUCGCACCAAACUGGUCACCUGGCCUCUCUGCUCCCUGCGCCGCUACGGACGAGAUGCCACGCGCUUCACCUUCGAGGCUGGACGGAUGUGUGACAGUGGAGAAGGCCUGUACACAUUCCAGACGCGGGAGGGAGAACAGAUCUACCAGAGAGUCCACUCCUCCACCCUGGCCAUCGCUGAGCAGCACAAGAGAGUUCUGAUGGAGAUGGAGAAGAACAGCAGAUUGUCUAAAGGUUCUGAGACGGGCUCCUACCCCUGUACACCCACGGCCAUCCUGCCCCGCAGUGCCUUUUGGCACCAUAUCACUGGCACUCAGGGGGGCAUGGACCCAGCCCAUGGUGACAUGUUUGGUGGUUCUCAGACUGGCGCUGAUGCAGACCUGCUCUCCACCCGACUGCCCUCAGAGCCACGCCACUCUACCAUGCCCCUGGCACACAGCCAACACUCCCCCGUCCGCUACCCCACCUACCCCAGCCAGUGAUCCCAGGGGUGCAUUGCAGACCCCUAGCCUCCUCCACCACAACCCUACCCGAACACUCCUCCCAUUCUCCUUUCUCUGCAGCGCUCACCUCGACUCCAAGCCCCCUCAUCUACCCUCCAGCCAAUCAGGUUGGGGUGUGGUCAUAGGACCUACCCUAAAGCUGGUAGCUCUGUGAAGCAGGACGUGACAGCGCCUCUAGUCUUCUCUUCAAAGGCUGGUUACCUGAAGGAACUUCAACCCCCAGAAUCCCUCACUGUGGGGUAAAAGUGCAUUGUGUGAGCCGGCAGUGGCAUGUUGCCUCUUAGUGAGCUGACAUUGUGGCAUGGUGCAUCGCUCUCUACUCUGCUGUGGGCAUGGAGGAGGAACAGAGGAGGAUGGGUGUGAGCUGUAAGGAUGUGAUUUAGUGGGUGUCCUCUCUUCUAACCCCCGUGAAAUCUUGUAUUUUUUUCUGGCGGGAUUCACCUCAACCCCCUUCGCAGAAGACCUCUACUUGUACCUCAUGCCAGCUCUUAGCAAACUUCAAUGUUACGGGCUCAGGACGUCCCCAUAUAGCUCUUAUUGGGGGUCAGAACAGAAGGACCCCUUCCUACCAUACAGCUCCAGCAUGAUAAUGAUUGUGGCGCUAGCUCCAACCCAUAACCUCAAUCUGACAGACGCGUAUGUAAGACAACAGUUUCCUCCCAAGAACUGGCCUUGGCUUCCAAGUCUGUGUGUGUGGGUGGAAGAGAGACUGUCCCUGGACUAUCAUCCAAACAGACACCUGGUCUAAUUCCACAGAGAAACAAUGGACUACUUUCAUCUUUCUUUCUUUUACUUAAAAAACAAACUUGUAGCAGACAUAGCUGACUUUGCCUUCUAUUCUGUUCUGUCUGAUAAAGAAAAUAGACAUAGAUUUUUCUGGGAGGAUAGAGAGAGGCGAGGGAGU